AAAACAUGUGUUAAAUAUGGCCGCUCGUAGUAUGGAACAUUUAAUUCGCGUGUUUUUAAAUCAAUUUAACAAGUGAUAACAGAGGCAAAUUGUAGCCAAUUCGUGGCAUGUGAAAAUACUUUACUAAGUUUUACGUUUCUAGAAAAAAUGUGGAAGAAUUUGCUUUUUUUGGCACCAGUGGCCCUGAUAUUUAUUACACAAUGCGAGGCCCAGUCUUAUGACGAUAAAAGAUGCAAAUGCAUCUGUCCAAGUCUCUCAUCUGUUAUUAACACCACACAGUCCUCAAAAGAUCGUCUAAAUUUUAUUUCAAAUGUUCCACCUUUGCAAUGUACUUGCGAAGGAGCGGUUUUGCCUCAUCUUGGCAAAGAAGUCAAAGAUAAGGCACAAAUAUUUUGCCCUAGGUGUGAUUGUAAAUACGAGAAUAGAAACACUACGAUUAUAAAGAUCGUCGUCAUCAUCGUCAUAUGGGUGAUAUCAUUACUGGUCAUUUAUAUGCUGUUCUUAAUUUGCUUGGAUCCACUACUUAACAAAAGAUUACACAAAGCUGGAGCUGGUUAUCUUGAACAUAACAACGAAGAGGUGCCUGACGAGACAGUGGCACCUGGAAUGUCUCAUCCAAUGGGCGUCAGAGGCAACGUUCUAAAUCGCGUUGGACAUCAGCAAGACAAGUGGAAGCGUCAAGUUAGAGAGCAACGACGUAACAUUUACGAUCGACAUACAAUGCUAAAUUGAUGUCUCUGAGAAUGCUUAGGGAAGAAGCAAAUAAAUAUCGCUACCAAAACGUUUAAGAUUCUCCAACGUCUCUCAUUCAUAC